AUGUCGACAACAUCUACACUUGUUCUCAUUCAAUCAGCCAUGAAUCGUUACGUUUUACCAAUUAUUCUUGGUUUUGGUAAUAUGGGAAAUUUCGGUUUGAUCAUGGUUUAUGUGCAAAAAAAGUUUCGAACAAAUACUUGUGCAAUCUAUUUAAUCGCUUCAUCAAUAUUUUCUUUAAUUGGCGCCAAUUGGAGUAUAAUUCCAUUGGUAGUUGCACUUGAUUAUUAUGAUUUGGUCAACAAAUCAUUGGUAUUUUGUCGCGCUCGUGGUUAUAUCAUUCAAACAUGUGCACAAUGUUUUCGUUAUAUCCUUGUAUUAAGAUGUGCUGAUCGGUAUGCAUUAUCUAGCACUAGUGUCGCCGUUCGAGCUUACAGUCAACGAAAAUUUGCAUUUCGUGGAAUAGCAAUUGUUGUCAUCGUUUGGGCCAUUCUUUCUGCUCAGUUGCUCAUUUGGGAAAGUAUUGAAAAUGGAAAAUGUGGUAUUUAUGGGCUUUUUGGACAAAUAUUUGCCAUUUAUAUCAUAGUUUUUACCAGUUUCCUACCACUUUUCCUGAUGAUUGUCUUUGGCAGUAUGUUAGCAAAUAAUCUACGUCAUUUACGUACAAAGGUUCAGCCACAAGGUGACAAUCCCAUCGUCGUCAAUAAUAAUAAUCCUCGUUUGAAUAAACGAGAUGCUUCAUUAAUGAGACUUGUAUUAGUAGAGGUAUUAAUUUAUGUUUGCUGUACAUUUUCAUUUCCAAUAAUGCAAAUCUAUAACCAAGUAACAUCAAGUAUGAAUUCAAGUAAAUCGACUCAACAAAAACAAAUUGAAUCAUUCAUUAAUUUUAUGAUACAAUCAUUCUUAUUAUAUUUAAAUUACAGUACAACAUUCUAUGUUUAUCUUUUAACAUCGAAAGCAUUUAGAAAUGAAGUCAAACAAUUAUUAAUGAAAUAUACUCGCAAAAUACACGGCAAUGCACACAAUCAACCAGAUGAAAUAAAUUCGGUAGCUCGUGUACAACGAGAACGACAAGUAAAAACGACUACAACGGUCUAA